CUCGUAUAGGCGUGUGUUGCGAAACCCCCCAAACCCAAAGCCAAACCAAAGCCAAAGACGCAAAGAGGAAGCGCGUCGUGUCCCCUCCCCGGUCAGGUCAGAUCUGGCAGCCUCUCUUCGACGAGUCUAGCAGUGUCCCCCGGGUCGCCGCCGCCGGCAAGCAAUGGCGGAGGAGGGCCACCCGUCCCGCUACGUCAAGCUCACCAAGGACCAGGACGCCCCCGGCGAGGACAUCCGCCCCGGCGAGCUCAACCAGCCCGUCCACGUCCCCCAGCUCGAGGGCCGGAGGUGCGGCGAGUGCGGCCAGGUCCUCCCGGAGAGCUACGAGCCGCCCGCCGACGAGCCGUGGUCCACCGGGAUCUUCGGGUGCACCGACGACCCCGAGAGCUGUCGCACUGGAUUGUUCUGUCCUUGCGUGCUGUUUGGGCGCAACGUUGAGGCCCUCAGAGAGGAUAUCCCUUGGACAACGCCUUGUGUUUGCCAUGCUAUCUUUGUGGAAGGAGGGAUUACACUUGCAAUCCUGACAGCAAUAUUUCAUGGUGUUGACCCAAGAUCAUCAUUUCUUAUUGGAGAAGGUCUGAUGUUUAGUUGGUGGCUGUGUGGUACCUAUACUGGCAUUUUCCGUCAAGAACUCCAGAAGAGAUAUCAUCUCAAGAACUCCCCAUGCGACCCAUGCAUGACCCACUGCUGCCUGCACUGGUGCGCCAACUGCCAGGAGCACCGCGAGAGGAGGGGCCGCCUGGCCGACCACAGCGCCGUGCCCAUGACCGUCGUCAACCCGCCCCCCGUGCAGGAGAUGAGCAUGUCAGAGAACCGCGACGCCCCCGCCCCUGCCAACCCAGAAAACGGAUCAUCCAACAAGGCCGAGCUUGAAGCGCGCAACAGCGAUCACGACGCCGUCGACUGUGAUGAGUUCGUGAAGAGAUCCACCAAGAGGAAGAGAGCUCGUAGCACCGCGUAUGAAAAUGAAGCCGAUAUGGAGCUCGAUCACCGGCGCCAGGAGGCGGAGGGGGGGAUGAUGGAGCUCGCGCGCGCGUGCGGCAAGCUGGGGACGCCCCCGUCCUCGCAGCGCCGUGCAAGCGCGCGCUUGCGGCGGCCGGAGGCGCCGGCCUACGAGUUCGUGAAGAGGUCCACCAAGAGGAAGAGGCCUCGUGGCACCGCGUAUGAAAGCGAAGCCGAUGUGAAGCUUAAGCGGCGAUUCAACAACACCAUCAGGUGCUCGCUCAAGGAGUUCUUCGAGUGCGCGGAGCUGCUCAAGGACCGGCACGUGGCGAGGGUCCGCAAGGCGGGGUUCGGCGCCAUGCUGGACGGCAAGGUCAGGGGGCUCAUUAGCCGGCCUCUCAUCGGCUUCCUCAUGGGCAAGAUAGACCCAGCAACCAUGACAAUGAAGCUAGGGGAAUCAAAGGUGAUUGCUAUUACCAGCGACGCCAUUCACCACCUUUUUGGCCUGCCUCAAGGAGGGCACACGGCCCCGAGGCCUUCGGAAAGCGGCUACGACAAGGCAGUGAUGAAGCUGAAGCUAGAGCUCGGGUUUAAAAGGUCUGAUAACGUCAUGACGAGGGAUCUGCGGGGUCUGCUUAAGCGGCUGGUGGAGGACGAGGAGAAAGAUGAGUUGGCACUCAAGGUUUUUUUCUUGGUCGUUUUCAUGAAGGUGAUCUGCCCGGGGGCCUCCGCGCGCGUCUCUAGGGAGGCAGCAAUGCUGGAAGAUCUGGAUUUUGAUAAGAUGGCGGACAUGGAUUUCUGCCAGCUGCUUGUCGACGAGCUGCAGAGAGCGGUGGUGAGGUAUCAAAGCGGCAAGGCUUUGUGGCAGGCUAUCACGGGCUGCGCCAUCGCGCCCCUCUUGAUCUACCUUGAUUGCUGCAACUUGAGGAAAGUUUCUGAGUUGGAUACGCGGACCCCUCGAACCCAUUUCAUGACCGUUGAUAACCUUAAGAAGAUAGCCAGCGCUGAUUUGAUUGAAAAGGGGGGUCCUGAUCCCCAGACCUGGCUUUACGGCAAAUUACCGUGGAAGGCUCAUAAGGACAUAGUGUACUAUGGAUUAAUUGUUGAACCAAUCUGUUCUGUCCCGCCAAUUGCCGUGCCAGAUCUCCGCGCCGCCAAGAGGAUGCCGUCUCUCGGCUCGGAGACGACGGGGAAGGAGGAGGAGGUCGACCGCCACCGGCAGGAGGCGGAGGGGAGGAUGAUGGAGCUCGCGCGCGCGUGCGGCGAGUUGGGGACGCCCGCGUACCCCCAGUGCCGUUCGAGUGCGCGCCUGCGGCGGCCGGAAGCACCGGCGGCCACGCAGUACGAGUUUGUGAAGAGAUCCACCAAGAGGAAGAGAGCUCAUAGUACUGCAUAUGAAAAUGAAGCCGGUAUGAAGCUUAAGCGGGGAUUCAACCAGACCAUCAGGUGCUCGCUCAAGGAGUUCUUCGAGUGCGCGGAGCUGCUCAAGGACCGGCACCUGGCGAGGGUCCGCAAGGCGGGGUUCGGCGCCAUGCUGGACGGCAAAGUCAGGGGGCUCAUUAGCCGGCCUCUCAUCGGCUUCCUCAUGGGCAAGAUAGACCCGGCAACCAUGACACUGAAGCUGGGGGAAUCAAAGGUCGUCGCUAUCACCAGCGACGCCAUUCACCACCUUUUCGGCCUGCCUCAAGGAGGGCACACAGCUCCGAGGCCUUCGGAAAGUGGCUACGACAAGGCAGUGAUGAAGCUGAAGCUAGAGCUUGGGUUUAAAAGGUCUGAUAUCAUCAUGACAAGGGAUCUGCGGGGUCUGCUUAAGCAGCUGGUGGAUGACGAGGAGAAGGAUGACCUGGCGCUGAAGGUCUUUUUCUUGGUUGUUUUCAUGAAGGUGAUCUGCCCGGGGGCCUCCGCACGCAUCUCUAGGGAGGCGGCAAUGCUGGAAGAUCUGGAUUUUGAUAAGAUGGCGGACAUGGAUUUCUGCCAGCUGCUUGUCGAUGAGCUGCAGAGAGCGGUGGUGAGGUAUCAAAGCGGCAAGGCUUUGUGGCAGGCUAUCACAGGCUGCGCCAUCGCGCCCCUCUUGAUCUACCUUGAUUGCUGCAACUUGAGGAAAGUUUCUGAGUUGGAUACGCAGACCCCCCGUACCCAUUUCAUGACCGAUGAUAACCUUAAGAAGAUAGCCAGCGCUGACUUGAUUCGAAAGGGGGGUCCUGAUCCUCAGACCUGGCUUUACGGCAAAUUACCGUGGAAGGCUCACAAGGACAUAGUGUAUUAUGAAUUAAUUGUCGAACCAAUUUGUUUGGUGACGCCAAUUGCAAGAGGUGCCCAGAUCCGGCAUUCAUCGUUGAAGAAGACCAUUGGCCCCCAAGGGGCAGUGGCUGAUGACGCUCCAGCUCCAGCCGUGGCAGGCAGCAGUAAUGGCGUCGCUCCUGAGUCCGAGAAGAGCAAUGAUAAUGUUGCAGCUACAGCCCUGAAUCAGAUCGACGUGCUGCUGGCAAGAGCAUGCGAUCUAUCGCGCCAAGUGCCUACUUCAAGUGCCCGACUCAGCCACACCGAGGGCAUUCUUCCACCCGGGCACGGUUUUGAUGCUGAAGCCGCGAAGCAGGGCCUCUCGAAGGAAGCCGCACUUCUCUACCCAGGCACCGAGGCCUUUCUGGAUCCCCGCGCCGCCGAGAGGAUGCCGUCUCUCGGCUCGGAGACGGCGGGGGAGGAGGAGAAAGUCGACCUCCGGCGACCGGAGGCGGAGGAGACGAUGGUGGAGCUCGUGCGCGCAUGUGGCGAGCUGGGGACGCCCCCGUACCCCCAGCGCCGUUCGAGUGCGCGCCUGCGGCCGCCGGAGGCGCCGGCAGCCACACAGUACGAGUUCGUGAAGAGAUCCACCAAGAGGAAGAGAGCUCAUAGUUCUGUGUAUGAAAAUGAAGCCGAUAUGAAGCUUAACCGGGAAUACAACAAGACCGUCAGGUGCUCGCUCAAGGAGUUCUUCGAGUGCGCGGAGCUGCUCAAGGACCGGCACCUGGCGAGGGUCCGCAAGGCGGGGUUCGGCGCCAUGUUGGACGGCAAGGUCAGGGGCCUCAUUAGCCGGCCUCUCAUCGGCUUCCUCAUGGGCAAGAUAGACCCAGCAACCAUGACAAUGAAGCUCGGGGAAGCAAAGGUCGUCGCUAUCACCAGCGAUGCCAUUCACCACCUUUUCGGCCUGCCUCAAGGAGGGCACCCUGCCCCGAGACCUUCAGAAAACGGCCACGACAAGGCAGUGAUGAAGCUGAAGCAAGAGCUCAGGUUUAAAAGGUCUGAUAACAUCAUGACGAGGGAUCUGCGGGGUCUGCUUAAGCGGCUGGUGGAUGAUGAGGAGAAGGAUGACCUGGCGCUGAAGGUCUUUUUCUUGGUUGUUUUCAUGAAGGUGAUCUGCCCGGGGGCCUCCGCGCGCAUCUCUAGGGAGGCGGCAAUGCUGGAAGAUCUGGAUUUUGAUAAGAUGGCGGACAUGGAUUUCUGCCAGCUGCUUGUCGACGAGCUGCAGAGAGCGGUGGUGAGGUAUCAAAGCGGCAAGGCUUUGUGGCAGGCUAUCACGGGCUGCGCCAUCGCGCCCCUCUUGAUCUACCUUGAUUGCUGCAACUUGAGGAAAGUUUCUGAGUUGGAUACGCGGACCCCCCGAACCCAUUUCAUGACCGAUGAUAACCUUAAGAAGAUAGCCAGCGCUGACUUGAUUCAAAAGGGGGGUCCUGACACUCAGACCUGGCUUUACGGCAAAUUACCCUGGAAGGCUCAUAAGGACAUAGUGUACUAUGAAUUAAUUGUCGAGCCAAUCUGUUCUGUCCCGCCAAUUGCAAGAAGUGCCCGGCUCCGGCGUUCAACGCCGAAGAAGACCAUGGACCCCCAAGGGGCAGUGACCGAUGACGAUCCAGCCCCAGCCGUGGCGGGCAGCAGCAACGGUGCCGCUCCCGAGCCCGAGAGGAGCCCUGAGAAUGUCGCAGCCACAGCCCUGAGUCAGAUCGACGUGCUGCUGGCAAGGGCAUGCGACUUAUCGCGCCAGGUGCCCACCACAAGCGCCCGGCUCAGCCGCACCGAGGGCAUUCUUCCACCCGGGCACGGUUUUGACGCUGAGGCCGCGAAGGAGGGCCUUUCGAAGGAAGCCGCGCUCCUCGAUCAUCUGCAGAAGGCCACGUUCCACCUCCGCUCUUCCUUCGCCCUUUUUAAGAGCGUGCAGGACGACCGGUGCAGGCCUUACGAAGACGAGGCGAAAUCGUUCGCCAAGCGGAUGGAGGAGCAAGAGGCUGCUGCUGCUGCUGCUCAAGGAAGCGAAAGAGACACGGAGGCGCCUGCCGACGAGCAGUUUGAGGAGAAUGUUGAUGAUCACUUCAUGUCCUGCGACGACGAGGAUGAUGCGGAGGAGGAGGAGGAGGAGGCUGCGUCCCCGGUCUCCACUCCUCCGCAGGACCUGACGGACGACGACGAUGAGGAUCCCGACUACGCGGGUCCGCCGAGCAGUGUGUACAAAAGGCUCGCCGGCCGGCGCCCUGUCACCCUGUGCAAAGUUGCUGCCAUGAGCAUUUCCUGCGGGUGCUGUUUGUUGGCAAGCAUCUUGAGCUGCCGGCGUUUUGCUCCUUCCGUGGUCCCUGUCGCCUGGACAUCCUCCUGGCCCGCCAGCAACCGCCCCCUCACCUUUUUGGUGAAUAGAGCGGAACUUUUUCUCCAGUUUUUCGCAACCCCUUCUUCUUCUUCUUCCUCUGCACGAAAGAAGCAGCAGUGUAGUCCAGCAAGAAACGGGAGGGACGAAGCGCUCCCCCCACCCCCAAAAUUGCGUCGCCCGGGCAAGGAAACGAAGAUGCGGAGGCUUAGGGUUCAGCUCCCAUGCCCAUGGCGGCUCCCCGACCCCCACCGCCUCCUCCGCCUCUCCCGCCGCCUCCACGCCUCCGCCGGCUCCGGCUCCGGCGCCGGCGCCGCCCAAGGCAAGUUCCUUCUGCCGGGCGCCUCGGCGGCGGUCCUUCUCAUGCUCGGCGUUCUGCACGCCAAGCGGAUGUACGAUGACAAACAGCUUGUCGAAAGGAAGGAGCAGGGAAUCGAGCCCGAAUUCUCGCCAGACCUGAAGGCUUCGUUUCUGAGGCUUCUACCACUGCGUUCGAUGUCACGUGUCUGGGGAUCCUUGAUGGAAGUGGAGGUUCCGGUGUUCAUGCGUCCUGCUAUCUACAAAGCAUGGGCCAGAGCAUUUCACUCAAAUUUGCAAGAACCUGCUCUGCCCCUGGAAGAAUAUCCUUCUUUACAGGCAUUCUUCAUCCGCAGUCUCAAAGAAGGAUCAAGGCCUAUCGAUCCAGAUCCAAACUGCCUGGUGAGUCCUGUCGAUGGGAAAGUUUUGCGGCUUGGACAGCUCAGGGGUCCAGGAACCAUGAUUGAGCAAGUCAAAGGCUUUUCUUAUCCUGUUUCUUCUCUUCUUGGUGCUAGUUCAUCGCUUCAUGAUGCCACAGAAGAAGAUAUUUCUGGAGAGCAAACAGAACAAAAUGUGCCUGAGAGCUCGAAUGCAAAAUCAUGGUGGCGAGUAUCUGUGGCUUCACCUAAACUACGGGAUCGAACACUGCUGAGCCCGAAGAGGGGGAUCUUUUAUUGUGUCCUGUAUUUACACCCUGGUGAUUAUCAUCGAGUACACUCUCCUGUUGAUUGGAGUAUUUUCAAACGUCGACAUUUCUCAGGCAAUCUUUUCCCAACAAAUGAACGUGCCGUGCGGACUAUCAGAAACCUAUAUGUCGAGAAUGAAAGGGUGGUACUCGAAGGUCAAUGGAAAGAAGGGUUUGUUGCAAUUGCAGCCGUUGGUGCUACUAAUGUUGGCUCCAUCAAACUGCUCAUUGAACCGGAUCUGAGGACAAACAAUCCAGGGUCCAUGGCACUUCACUCCCAGUCUUACGAUGAGCGCGUUUAUGAACCUGAAGGCACCGGCAUGAUGGUUAAAAAGGGUCAAGAGAUAGCAGGAUUCAACAUGGGAUCGACCGUGGUCGUCGUAUUUGAAGCGCCUCUGUCCAAGGCGAGGGAGGACGGGACGGUCUCUUCGGAUUUCGGCUUCUGCGUCAAGGCUGGCGAUAGGAUUAGGGUAGGAGAAGCCAUUGGCCGAUGGAGCCAAUCGUAGCGCUGGUUUAAUUAGUUCCACCGUAGGAGUAGCUCGUUUUCCAGUUUGGAGUUUGCGUGAGAGCUGGAGAAAGAUGCCAUGAUCUGAAUUUUGAGAAGCAUUUUUACCGGUGACAGAAUUUCUGUGAAACAUGGGAGAUUUGGACGCAAAAUUUGUCUGAAACAUCCAGAAAUCAUAUUUUCUACUCAGUAUAUACCCAAAAAAAAGGGUCUGCACCA